AUGCUCAAUUUUGAAGAUGUCGAAGAGCGAGAUGGCGUCCGUCUCUCGUGGAAUGUAUGGCCCUAUUCUCGGAUAGAGGCGACGCAGACUGUGGUUUCGAUAUCAGCGCUCUAUACUCCAUUGAAGCAGCGAGAGAAUCUUCCCCCAUACACGACGAUUGAGUACACGCUAUCUUGUCCCGCUCAGGCCCCACCUGUCUUCCUGUUUGUCGUCAAUACCUGUCUAGAUGCCGAUAACCUCAAAGCACUUCGUGACGCUCUUGUCGUCAGUCUCAGCUUGAUCCCACCAUAUGCAUUAGUUGGUCUCAUUAUGUUCGGCACAAUGACACAAGUUCAUGGGUUGGGCUAUGCAGAGUGCAGCAAGUCAUACGUCUUCCGUGGCGGCAAGGAGUACACACAGAAACAGAUUCAGGACAUGCUCGGACUCAGUACGACAACUCGCACCGCACCCCACGCCGGCCAACCCAUGCCCCAACAAGCUUUUGGCGCUGCGCGUUUCUUGCUUCCUGUCCAGCAAUGCGAAUUUCAACUCACUGGCAUUCUGGAGGCACUCGCUCGUGACCCUUGGCCACCGUUUGGACUCCUGGAGACGACUUUCCCUAACACAGGCGCGCGUAUAAUGGUUUGCGCGGGUGGAUCGGCAACGGAGGGUCCAGGCAUGGUUGUCAGCAACGAACUCAAGGAGCCUAUUCGCUCUCAUCACGACAUCGAACGGGACAGCGUCAAGCACUACAAAUGUGCGGUAAAGUUCUAUAAAGGUCUGGCGAAGAGGGUAUCCAACAAUGGCCACGCUGUCGAUUUGUUUGCUGGUUGCUUGGAUCAAGUGGGCUUACUAGAGAUGAAAUCAUUGCCCAACUCAACAAACGGUGUCAUUGUCCUAUCUGAUUCGUUUGCUACAUUGAUCUUCAAGCAAAGAUUCCUGUGUAUGUUCAAUAAGGACGAUCAGGACUUCUUGAAAAUGGGUUUUAACGCGACGUUCGACACAACCAAAGAACUGAAAGUUUCUGGCCUCAUCGGACAUGCAAUCUCCGCCGGAAAGAAAUCUGUGUGCGUUGGCGAGACAGAAAUUGGUAUUGGUCAGACGUCAGCCUGGCGAAUCAACUCCAUUACGCCUAGGACAUCUGCUGCUAUUUACUUUGAGGUCGUUACUCCUGCGGGCCAGGCAUUGUCUCCCGGAUCAAGGGGUCUCAUUCAAUUCAUCACUCAUUAUUGGCAGUCAAGCUCGAUUCUUGCUAUCAAAGCUCAAUCUGUCGAGAACGCAUAUGUCGACAUCGAUGUAUGGCACUCCACAAACCGCGGGCGCUGGCCAGGCACUCUUCACCGACGAUGUCAGUUUGCAGGUCUUCAUGGAGCACCUGAAACGUCUGCUGUGUAUCCCUUGUUUAGUGCCGUGGGUUUGGAGUAUAAAAAUAGCGUGCUCAGACGCGUCAAGCACGUGCCACAGGACUCUAAUCUCUUCUUUAACCUCGCGAUGCCCGGACAUACCCCGCAUAGAACACCUCUUAAACGUGUCUCCCAAGGGUCUUUCUUCGCUCUCUCGCGAUCAGGUAACAACCCUGAUGCGCCUCAUGGCCUUGGCUUCAUCGAGCCUGUAAUGGCAGAGCUAGUCGACGAAGUCGAGGUGCUGCAAACGAAUGUAGAGGGCCUAAGGAACCUCAGCAACUUUUUGAAGACAUUUAAUGAAAGCUUCGCAAGCUUGCUAUAUGUCAUGGACAUGAACGCGCUUACGGUGGACUGGCCGCAGGCUCCAACGGACGCAUCGUUCCGGCUGGCUAAGCGACGAGCAGAGGAAAACACUCGUUUGGCUGAAGAAGAUGCUCUGAAAGCAGCAUCAGCCAUUCCGCCGCCGCCAGACUCAGAGGCAGACAAGACGACGUUCACCGAAAACCAAGAGUUUGAAACGACGUACAUGACAAAUGCUACGACAAGGAAUGCUUCUACCAGCAUUAUGAAGACCGCAUCGACAGGUAUUCCCAAGAGGAAGGUUAAACCAAAGCUCACUGCGAAGGAGAAAAAAGAUUGA